AUGCUAAAUGAAGAUGACGUCGCCUCCAAGAUUGAAAUAUUUGUUGGAGAUAUUCCUGAAAAUGAGCCUCUCGACUUAAAAAACGUCCGAUAUGUAUGCCUUGGUUACAUAUCUUUGGCAAACAAUGAGAAGACAGACUUUCGUGUUCGGGAGCUCAAAUCAGUUCAUGUUGAUGCCACGGGGAUGUUCCUGAAGCUAAACUUGCACAAGAACUAUAUUAACAAAUACAAUCUAUACAAUCAGAUCAGUGUGGUUGCUAUCAACAUUAUUGGUGACAGGCUACAAGAAGAAUCUACUCCAGUGAUGGAUCCGGAAGAAAUCCCAAACCAAGACAAAGAAUCUCCUUUGGCUGGAUUUAAUAGGCCAGAUUAUAUUUCGCCAUUGGAUGACUUGGCAUUUGAUAUGUACCAAGACCCAGGAGUUGCUCAGCUCAUUCGUAAACUCGAAAAAAAGAAGCAAGAAGCUGUUCUUCAAGAAAGAUAUGAAUUUGCAAAGCGUAUCAAAAUUGGAAUUGAAAAAUUACAGAAGAGUGGAGAGAAACUUGGCAAACUUGAGGUAGAGAAGCGUCAAGCUGUGGAAAAUGAAGAUUAUGAUAAAGCGCAGAUGAAGAAAAUACAGAUCUUUGAAUUGAGGUUACAGCUUUAUGAAGAAGUCAAGAUCAAAACACUUCUGGAACUUCCACAGACCCAAUCUAAAGAACUUAUAGCAUCAGAACUGUUUAAAGAAACCGAACCGAUUCUGUCUCCUCUGAAUAUUGAUACCGCAGAACAGGGUAUGGUUUCAUCUCAAAGACCUCCACCACCACCACUGUCUCCUCAUUCAGAUUAUGAUGAAAGACCUCCUCCUCCUCCCCCUCCUCGUUCUGAAUAUGAUGAAAGGCCACUUCCAGUGACAAAGAAAUCAAAACGAAUUUCUAUGCCAGUGGAAGAGAAGCCUGAUGACUUAAAUGAUCAAGAACCCGAAGAUGUCAAAGUUCCUACAGAAAGCAAAGAUGAUAUCGAACCUUUAACAGAGAAAGAUAUGCGAGAAGCUUCAGCAGCCAUCAAUGUAUUUGGCAUGCAUUUGGUAUCUAAAACUUACUCAAAAAGUUAUGCUCAUCGUGAAGAAGCUCUGGAAAGUUUAUCACAGCAAAUCAGGCAGCAUGCCAUCAAUGAGGAUGCCCGAACAAUUCUAAGGGCAUUAAUUCUUCCAAUAAAGAGAGGUCUUGAAGAUCAAGUUCAUGCAGUUUUCAAAGCUACUCAGAAGCUUCUAAGACUCGUAUUAACCAAGUUUAUACAAGAAAAUAAGAUUCCUCGACCUGACACAGUUAAUUUUAUCGAAAAGAUUCUUCCAAGUUUGUUUCAUAGAGCAGGUUACACAGCAUUGAGGACAAGGGAAGAGGCCAAAAGAUUUAUUUUAGAAAUUGCACAGUAUCCAGAAAUUAAGGCUUCUAAUAUAGUGCCAAAUGAAUGUGUGAAACCAUUCAAGAUGUCGGUGUUCUCCAGAUUUGCCCGAAGCCGAGCUGAAUUAGUAGAGAUGCUGUACAAGGAAAUAGGAUUAUCCAUAAACAGUAAUGCACCAGGAAUGGCUGUUGUAGAUAUUAUGAACUUCUGCACCGUUGCUUGUCUCCAUCAUAGUUCCGAAGACGUACGCCGAGUAGCCUUGCGUAUCAUACAGUUAUUAUAUGAAGACAUCGGUCCACCAGUUCGGAACUAUUUGCCUCCUGAUGACGACAAGAUUCGCAAGAACACACUAUAUAGGCAGAUAUUUGAAUACUUUGAUAAAGUUGAUAGCAAAAAUGCAAAGUCAACAUUGAAGCCACAGAAGUUAGAAGAACCGGUGAAGAAAUCUUCAGAAGUAGAUGCUUUGCAGAAUAAUCACAAGAAUAUGAAAGCCAUUCUCAGUAAAGUGGAGGAAGAAAAUUAUUCUAGAAAAGGAACAGAUGACAAAAAAACUACAACAAUAUCAAAACCUGUGGGUGACAUAAAUAUUCACAUUAAUUUUGUGCCAAAAGAGAACAACCAAACUUCAAAAAAACGUCCAGAAUCUAAGAACAUCAAAAAGAAAUUUAAACAAAUUCCAACACCAAUUGAAGAAACAAUUCCAGAGGAUGAUUCCAAUAUAGAUUACACCUGUAUUUUCUGUGGUGAGAAAGACAAAUCAUUUGAUGAAAAGGGACUUGAUCUUCAUUAUUGGAAACAUUGCCCCAUGUUGAAACGCUGUGGUAAUUGUAAACAGGUUUUGGAAAUAUCAACGUUUAAGAAGCACCUGCUCACCGAAUGUGAUGCUAUGGACAACUAUCGAAAUUGUCCACGUUGCCAGGAGGCAGUGUUAAAAGAUGUUUACGACAGUCACGUCAGCGAUCGAGUAUGCAGAGCCGUGGACAUAAAUGACACGCAUUGUCCCCUGUGUCAUAUGAAGAUAAAUCAUGGAGAUGAAGGAUGGAAAGACCACUUAACCGGAAGAGUAAAUGGGUGCAAAAACAACCCUAGGUUGCAUUUGCCUCAGACAAAACAGCACUCGAAUAUCUCAAAUCGCCCUCUGGUGACUAACAGGGCCAAAGAGAAGAGGAACCUAUCGAAACCUGUGGGAGGAAAACAUUUCAGAGGCGGACAUGUCUAAACAUGAAUCUCUGGGCCAUUGACCAUCAAAUAAAAAUUCAUUCGAUAGACGUUCCAUGAAGUCUCAUCUCAUCACACACAUGUACACAUAAACACAAAGAACUGGAAAAAAAGAAUAACUACUGUCUGCUUAAUGCAUCAAUGUAUUUAACAAUAUUAUCUUUAUUUUCAAAAGCUUGUCUUUUACUUUAUUUUUACCAUAAACUUGAUAGCAGACAAAUAAUAAGAUUUCCAAGGUGACAGUGUAUUUAAUAUUCAGACUACCUUAAAAGACCACAUCAUAUCUAGUUUUUUUCUCAGUGUUUAAUAAGACCAUGUUGCAUCCAAUAUUUUUAUGUUAUAUCCAAUAUUUUAAGUAUAUAGAACAUUUUUUUUUUUUUUUUUGUCUUAGAUUAGUUCUUAGCUACAGCAACAAAAAUUGAUUGAAUAUUUUUAUAUAUUUAAAAUUUUUAAACACCAGCAAAAGAAAAAUA